AUGCAGAACUCACUGGCAAGAAACCUGAAGAUCGAAGUCCGGCUGCGUUCUGCAUCGAAGGCUAGUCGCAAUGAUCCGAGACCAACCCCAUCCCCUGAAUAUUACAUCCGUCGCAUGAAUGAGGAUUUGCCAGUGGACGCCUCCUAUGAAAGCCCCGAUGAUGGUUCGGACGACAUCUCGUUCACCAGUUGCUCUGAAAACGACAUUUUUGCUGAAUUCGAAUGGCUAGAGCAGAUUGAUGGACUCAUCCUUGACGAAGGCAAUCGCGGCUCGGAUGGGAUACAGGUUGGCUAUUGUGAUGGCAAGUUGAUCAGACGUGAGAAAAUCCGCUCCCAGUUUCGGUACGCUAUGGAGCAACCAUCGGAGGAAAUGUGUCUACUUGCAUUCGACAUCAUGGACAGAUAUGGCUGCUUGAAGCCUGAGUUCAAGAGCCAUGCAGUCAAGAAAGGCUCUGGAAUUUGGAGCGCUGAGCUCAACAACGAAAAAGCCAGAGAGAAAACUCUAGGGUUUGUGGCUAUUGCACGCCCUGACAUUCUCUCGAGUGAAGCGCUAUGUGAGCCUAGCGGCGAAGAAGUGUCCAACAAGGAAUCAUUGGAAUCGGCUGCUAGGGACAUUUCGAAAUCUUUCUGGCGAUCGUUGGGCUUUCGGCGAAUCAGCUCGUCUUCGUGGUUUGGGCUCGCCUCGGACCCAGAACACCUAUGCUAUCAUCUAGCAGCUGACGACGACUUCGAGAUUCCAGCAGUGCAAUUCAGCGUGCUGGAUCCUGAAGUGGAGCGUAGCCUGAAAAUGGCACUGGAGUCCACCGACAACGACUGUGUGGAAGUCCUUUACCAGGUCUUCAAAGACGCUGCCGAGGAUGACCCGCGAUGGACAUCUACAGACGCAAAUGGAAACAGUGUUUUGCACCUUACCGCAGCCAAAAUCAAGCCCAACAGUGUCCGAUGGAUCCUGAGCCGAUCAAAAGUGCUUCUUCAACAGCGCAAUAUCCAAGGUGAAACUCCAUUGGAUGCUCUGCUGGCAAAACUCGAGGACAGCAGGACUAACGUCGCUUUAAUGCGUUGA